CACAGCUGAAGUGAGGAGCUGGGGAGAGCGAGAGACAUAGAGACAAACACACACUCACACAGAGAGAGAGAGAGAGAGAGAGAGAGAGGAGUGAGAGGGGGGAGAGAGACGGGCUGACAGGGACGACAUGUGACACUAAAUAGUUGCAGCGUAACCUGAACUGUGACAUUUCCAUUUUUUAUGGGAGGCAGACAACAAGACUACUACCUGUGGAGAUGGGAAGCAGUGCCCCCCAAAUGAGCCUCAAUCUGAGCGAGCAGAUGACCAACACCUCCUCUGAUCCCCCGCCGAUCGAGGACGGCUACAGCGAGGCCACUAUGAUCCUGCUGGGCAUAAUCAUGUCAGUACUGGUCCUGUGCAUCGUCUUCGGCAACAUCCUCGUCAUUACGGCGAUCGCCAGAUUCCAACGCCUUCAAAACGUCACCAACUGCUUCAUCACCUCUCUCGCCUGCGCCGACCUCGUCAUGGGGCUCAUCGUGGUCCCAUUCGGCGCUUGUUAUAUCAUCUUCAAGACUUGGCAUUUUGGGAAUUUUUGGUGCGAGUUUUGGACCGCCACUGAUGUUCUAUGUGUUACCGCCAGCAUUGAAACUCUGUGCGUGAUUGCGAUAGACAGGUAUUUAGCAAUCACGUCACCUUUCCGCUACCAGUCGAUACUGACGAAAUGCAAAGCUCGUAUUGUGGUAGUUCUCGUCUGGGUCAUCGCAGCCCUGAUCUCCUACCUGCCAAUUCACAUGAAGUGGUGGAUAGCGGACGGCAAAGAAGCUCAGAAAUGCAUGGAGAAUAGCAACUGCUGUGAGUUUCACACCAACAUGGCGUACGCGAUCACCUCCUCGAUCAUCUCCUUCUACAUCCCUUUGGUUAUCAUGGUUUUUGUGUACAGCCGUGUGUUCCAGGAGGCAAAACGCCAGCUGAAAAAGAUUGACCAAAGUGUUGGACGUUUCCACAAUAGCGACAACAACCUCAAAUCCCUAGAGGCUAAUAACGGGCGAGGUCAGAAGAAGGCCAAAUUCUGCCUAAGGGAACAUAAAGCAUUGAAGACUUUAGGUAUUAUCAUGGGGAUCUUCACUCUCUGCUGGUUACCCUUUUUCCUGCUCAAUGUCGUGGUAGCCUUUUGGAAAGUAGACAACAUUGAUCUUACGUUUAGGAUCCUCAACUGGAUAGGAUACGCCAACUCCGCCUUCAACCCUUUGAUUUACUGCCGAAGUCCCGAAUUUAGAUAUGCCUUCAAGGAAAUUCUGUGUCUAAAAAGGACCAGGCUGAGCAGCAGUGCAGGGCCAAUCAAUGGAUACGUGUACAGUAGGCACAGUUGGCAGAGUGAACCCCACGGCAGGAGUAAAGGGAGCUCGGACGAUAGCGAAGGGGGCAACCAGGAGGGCUGUUCGGGGCAAGAGGGGCAAGGGGUGUGCAGUAUCAUGGACAGGGCUGGAGUAGUGGACCCAAACGGGAACUGCAGCAAAAGCCUGACAACUGUAACAACUGUACUUUAAGAAAAAAAUGCUGGGAGCCAUUCCAGACAUGUUUACAAUAGUGUUACAAACGUGUUCCAAGAUGAAGGUAAGGCGACUCUGGGGUUUAGAGUUUGAAGAGGAUGAGGAAAAUUAUAAUGUUCAAUAUGUUGCAUUCACUUUAAGCAAAUUUGUGAUAUCAAGAAGUAAAAUGGAGGAUAAAGUCUUUAUUAUUCUAUAACAUGUCCAAACACAAAAUACAUAUAUUGAAGCAGGGUGUGUUUUGCUCGGGGUUGGGUCCCUCCCACUGAACCGUGCUGCCCUGUCUUAGUAAUUGAAGGACUUUUCAUUGUUUGUCUGUAUCAGUUUUUCACUAAACCCUUCAAAUAUCAUUUUUCAAGAUUUUGUAAAUCUUUUGUGUUAAUGGUAAGACAUUAAACAGGUUAAAGAUAUGCAUAAGAUCAACCAUAGAAUUAUUAUUAUUUGGUUAUAAUAUGAUUGAAUGCAACAUAUUCAACUAAAGUGGCUAUUUCCCUCUUUUCAAACAUGAAGUUCUUACUGUAGAUUUAAUAGUAAAUCAGUUAUUAUUUUGCCUUAACAUCUACCUCACAUGUUUUUGUUUUAUAUCCAUUUAACCACUACACCCAUUCACUCUCCCAUGGCUCAUAUCACAAUUUAUUCAUUCACGGAUUAUGUCGUUGGAUCAGAUGGCUCCUGUAUAAACUGUGGGCAAGCCAUACUAGUUAACAAUUUUACUUCAAAGUGAUCGUGGUUGGAGGCUGUGAAUUCCAAUGGCCUUUGCCAAUUGGACACGGAUGCAGUGGACUGGACUUAUAUUGUGUAAUGGAGGAUCAAAUGUGAUACUUCUAUGGUGCUUAUCUUUCAAAGAGAUACAUUCCGGGGGCAUUUUGGAUUUGAUUUGGCCAAUGUUUUUUUUUUUUUUUUUUUUUCUCAAAGGUGAUGAUCAACAGCAGGUGGGGCACAGCCUGUCUAUCAGAUUUCCAGACUUCUUCUUUGUCAGCGCUGCAAGCCCAGGGCCAAACUAGUUACUAUCUGGUCACAAAACAGAACCUGUUUUGCAUUAAAGAUAUAUUAUAUUACUGAGUUCAACUUUCAGCAAAAUACCAGUCUGUGCCAUAUGGGAUUUCAGUGCAGUUUUGCUCAGUUCAAGUCACGACAUAUUUUUUUAUAUAUAGUCCUACCUUUUGGUCAAAUUUAAAUUUUUUACUUUUUUAAAAAAAAUCAUCAAGAUAAACGUUUCCACAAAAACAAAAGAUGCUCUACUUCAUCAGCGUUGCCAGGUUCUUUGUGGUCAAGUGCUCAAACAUUAUAGCCAUGGUCUGAAAUAUAUGAUAGGUAAGUGUGCAUUAGUCUUGCAUUUUUUUUUUUGUCUUAAUGACCCAUCGCACCCAGAGAAGGACUUAAUACAAUUGAAACGAUGCCUUGAAAUUACUAUUUGGUACAGUUUGAGAUGCAAUACCAGCUUAAAGGUGCGCUAUGUAACUUUUUGGUUGGGGGUCCGUCACCUGACAUUAAACAGCUCUAACUUACAUUAAAUUUAUUCAGUUACAUGUGGUUUUAUAGCUCAAGACUCUGCCUCUCCACAGAUCUGACCUGUAACUUGCUCUGGUUUAGUUUCCAUGAUGAUAGAAAGGUUUAAUACCCUACUGUGAAUUCCUGACAAAUUCCAGACAAAGCAAUAACAUCUCCACGGAGAAAAGUAUUUGACGGACCCUCCGCCAGAAAAGUUACACAAUGCACCUUUAAGUAACAUCAUAAGCUCAUAAGUAACUGUUGCACUUUCUGAUGCACACGAGCACUGUUUGUUUGUUUGUUUAUUUGUGUAUUAAAUGUUGUAGUUGCCGUGAGCUUCUACACUGUUUACUGAAACCAGAGAGGCAGUUUUCCUCAGUCGCUCAGUGGCACCAGGGUACACUCAGUCAUAAACAGCGCGUAGAAAUAGCCUGUGAUUAAUUCCCAGACAGUGAAGAGGCUGCGACUACAUUGGCAAUUUGAAAUAAUAGCAUUCAUUAGAGAGAGUCAUACCGAUACUGCCAUUAUUGAACAUAUAGAAGACAAAAAAAGCUUCAGAUGAGGAAAUGAAAACAAUAAUGAACCAUUUAUCUUGCUGUGGUUUAUAGUUAUGUAAUGUUCAUGCUCAGUAGCUACUAACAAAAUCUUGCAUAUCUGAGAAAGUUUAAAAUCCCAUAUCUCUAUCUCUAUUACUGCUUGUCUCAUAAGAACUCACUCCAAAGCUAAAUAACACUAACGGAUUGUUGGAUAGACUAUAGCAGUUAAAUCACCAUCACUUAACAUUGCUUUCUCAUAUUCAUUUUCUACUGGACUAGGUGAAGGAUGUGAAGCUGUAAAGCUGUUGCGAUGAUUCGGUAUUUCAAUACAAGUCAGUCUAGAUAUUGUUGUCCUUAGAUUUGUAGGCGAAACUGAGCGACUUACUAAACUAACUGCAUCAGGGCAUCAAACCGUUGGCACUGUAAGCAUGACCUUAUGGACUGAGAUAAACACGGCGGCACCUACCAUUACAUCAUUCAGAUUCACUCUGCAUCAGCUUUUUAUGUAUCUGCACUAAAAGUCAGGGCAAAGGUUGAAGCGGUUUCCAGUGUACAGUUAACCCAUAUUAUUUUCUUUCAAACUGUGAACUCAAAGCUAAAAGUGAUUGUCUGCAUGUAUAAAUUGUGUAUUUUGGUAUUUCUUGCUUGUAAAAAAUACACCCGCCUAGCAGUGGCCUUACCUUUCACCCUCUCCUUGUGUUAUUUAUGAUUGCAUCAAUAGGCUAUUAACAAACGUAAUUUAUAGUCACCAUAUCUGCAGCCUUAAGGACACUGUUCAGUUACAGGCAGUGAUACUUUGACAGAUUAUCUGACACGUACAUUCCACAUUGCUUGAAUAUACCACAAAAGAAUCAUUUGUUACAGUCUUGGCUCUUAAGCAAGUAUGCAUCAAUUACACUGCUAUCCACCCCAUGUGUUUUUAGUCUUACAAAUUUCACAUUUUUGCACAUAUUUAUUCUAAUUGGUCAUUAUGAUGGACUACAGCUGCCCUCACCGUGGCAACAUAUUUAAAAAAAAAAAAAAAAAAAAAAAAAAAAAAGAAAAAUAAUAAUUGUUUUACACGCAUCAUGUACCCGCGGUCCUCUCUAUUGUGUCUUACCAAGUUCCUUUUUCCUGUCUGGAACUAAAAACGAAAUGAAAAAUCUUCUGCUACAGUCUCGAUGUUGUUAACGGUGAACAUGUUUAUUAAUGUGAAUUCCUAUGACGAAUAAAUAAAUAAAUAAAUGCUUUGGCCAUUGUUUGAAGAAAAGAAAAAAUAACUCUAACCGUUCAGUUGUUCAGAGUGGUAACACAUGUUUACUAAAUGUUUCUUUUUGCUAUUUCCGCACAAACCACUGUGUACAUGAAGCCUGUUACAAUAAUGUGGUGUUGUAUUUGUUAUUUAUGAAAAUGUGCAAGUGAACUGUACGUGCUGUCAUGUUCCAACGGAAAUAAAUUAUGUAAUGUCUUCAA